AUGUCGACUCCGUUUCUCACCGUGUCUUCUCACAAGACUUUCAGGAUUAAACGAUUCCUGGCCAAGAAACAAAAGCAAAAUCGUCCCAUUCCCCAGUGGAUUCGGAUGAAAACUGGUAAUAAAAUCAGGUACAUCUCCAAAAGGAGACAUUGGAAAAGAACCAAGCUGGGUCUGGCACACUUACGCUGCCUGAAGGUCACAAUCGUGUUACCAAAUCAAGCUGAAAAAUGUCGCCGCUAUCUGGAGAAGGCUGGACAGUGUCCUCUCUGGAUUGGUUAUGAAGGCAUUAGUUAG